AUGUCCACUCAAAACCCAUACGUUCAAAAUGAAACUUAUGACAUUCCCUCGGAUGCUUCCCACUCUCAGAAGUUUGAAAAUUCUCGUAUUACUUCCCCAGAUAUCAAAGUCGAGAAAUUUAUUAAAAUUGAAAAAUCAGAUGUUUCUCUAGAUACGCAAAUGGAUAUCGAUGAUACCUUUCCAUCGGAUGCUAAAGGAGACGAUAUGAUGAACAUUGAUACUGUUCCUCCGCCAUCUAAUCAACCAGCCAUCCCAAAUGAGCACGAGCUCAAUAUGGAAGAUUUGACUUCCGAAAAAUUACAAGUUAGAAUUCAUGUAUUACGUCGAUUUACAAAAUUAUUUCCAUACAUGCAUGAUUCAAAAAAGGAAAGUUUAUAUGAUGAUCUUAGAAAUUUAUUAGAUACUGAGUAUGAUAAAGAUGUUAAGAUUCUUGUAAUAAUACUUUUGGGUAAAUUGGCCCUUGAUCCGAUUGUUAAUUGUGGAAAAGUACUUGAGGAUUUUAUUAAUCAGAUGCAAUCAAAUUCUACCGAACUGAAAUGUAAAAUAUAUGACACAAUUAUUAGAAUUUUGCAGGCAAGGAUUGAAAAUGUCCUACAAAUGCCAAAAUUAAAUAACGCGUUGAAAUUUCUGUGUGCGCGGGUGAUUAAUGAGCUAACCGAUUCACAUUACAGUAUUAGAUCAUCUUGCAUUAGUUUACUCGCAUCUAUAGCACCUAUAAUUAUUCGUGUUAAAUUGAUGCAAGAGCAUAGUAAAGAACAAGAGUAUCUAAAUGAAUCACAGAUUCAAACUAUAAUUCGUGACUUUGGAGAAGAUCCCGAUCCACGUGUUCGAAGUAGUGCUCUCAAAGCACUUCUUCAGCUUUAUAAUUGUGGCUAUAAACUAGAUAUGUCAUUGUAUAAAUUAUGUGUUGCAUGCUUGACGGAUGACUACGAAGAAGUUCGGAUUGAGGCUUUAAGCUUGAUUUGGGUAUUAAGUAGCAUUCAUCAUGAAAGAAAAUUAAAUGAUGGGAGCACGCGUCUUAUCGAUGAUGCAUUUAUUAAAAUUUGUGAUAUGGUAUGUGAUGAAUCUGUAAAGGUUCGAAGUAAGGCGUGUAAUAUAAUGGGACGUUAUAAACUCGUUGAAGACCCGAUUUUACUAUCAACUUUGAGCCAACAAGUUAUAUCACACGGAAAACCUCGUAAGCCAAUGUUUAAAAAAUCUAGGUAUAUUCCAACUCCUGAAGGUGAUAUCGAUGUCGAAUCAGCCGAAGUUCGACUUUUGAAAUCAAGUGCGAAUGGAGCAUUUAUUCAUGGAUUAGAAGAUUCUUUUCAAGACGUUCGUAAUGCUGCGAUAGAUUCCAUUUGCGAAUUAAGUAUGCAUAAUCAAAAAUUUUCAAAAAGGGCCGUGGAAUUCCUUGUAGACAUGUUUCAAGAUGAAAUUGAUUUUGUACGGCUGAAUUCAAUUAUCAGUCUUCGCAAAAUUGGUACCCUUCAGCCUAUCGAAUUGGAUUCCGAAUUGUUGCAAAUUACACUAAGUGUACUUAAUGAUGCAGACCCUAUUGUACGAGAAUCAGCGCAUGGAAUGUUAGGUGUUGUACGAAUUACCUCGCCAGAAUUAAUACCGUCAUUCAUUAAAGAUUUAAUGGCAAGUAUGUCCCGGUAUCCGGAAGAUCAAUUGUCGAUCUAUCAAUGUUUCCGUGAUUUUGAGAAGUUUAUUCCUAAAUUUUUCAAGAUGGAAUCAAGUUAUAUUUCAAAGGAAAUUAAUCAGAAUGCACCUGAACAUAUAGGAAAUUUAAUACUUGCAUUUAAUGCUUCGGUCUCAAAUCCGAAGAUAUUAUCCAUCUUACCUAAAUAUGCGUUUAGACAUUAUGAGUAUCUUAGAGACAAAUUUCCCAAUUGUUUUCCAGAAGUGAAGAUUCCGGGUGAUGCACCACGGCAAAGUAUUCGGGUCAAUGCAGAUGAUAAUACCCAAUCAUUUAUGAAUCAAACCAUAACGAUGGUGUUUUCUAUGGGGAACCUUUUCAAAACUGGUGAUUUCAAGGCUGCAUUGCGCGUUAUAAAAGUUUGUACAAAUAACUUAAAAUAUAUAUCACGUGUACCAUCGCUUUCUGGUAAUGCGAUAUUUAUUACCAUGUAUUUAGAUUGUGUGCAAACGAUAAUACAGGCUAAACAAAGUUACUUUGAAGCAAAUUCCUUUACAACUGCACAAGAUAUAGCAGCGCGAUUGUUAGCAUUUUCUUACAUUAUGGAACAUAGGUUUAUCGGACUUUCGAUUCCGUCAAAAACUUUUGUUGUCUAUUUGAGAGUGCUAGCAAAUAUUGCAUGGAUAUUUGGUUGUUUAACGGAGGCUAAUAAUAGUCAAGGGUUAUCAUUGUUGAGUAAGAAAGGCCUUUUACAAUUCUUUAUUAAGCGAGUGUCAGAUUUGCAAAGAAAAUUUGAACGUGACUCUUUUCUCUUAAAAGACCUGGAAAAACUUCAAAAAAAGCUAGUUAAAGCCAGCUUAUCUCCUACAAUUGAAAAUGUAAUAUCAUUGUUUGAUUUUAUAAUGGAUUACAAUCUUAUUGAUAUUGAAUUAAGUGAUGAUAUUAAAAGAUCUGAGGCCACUAUCAUUAGACCAGUUUCAAAUCCGGAUCUGCCACUUGAAUUUCCAUCAGAGUUUCCUUUCACAAUCUUUAUUGAAGCCGAAUUACGGAAUGUGGUAGAUGCAACUUCUACUGCAGUUCAGGUCAUAUUUCCCGAUCAGAUAAUUGAGCAUUUUAGACCACCAUCGGCAGAUUUCGUUCAUACCGAACCGGAUAAACUACAUUUGAGAACGCAAAUUGACAUUUCUCAACCCGCAUGGUCCGUGCGUGAUUUUGAACCGGACAUUCCUGAAUUGGAUCAACAUAUAAUGCGUCAGAGUAUUAAUAAUGGAAAUAUUAAUGGAAGUAUCUCUGAAAAUACCAUAGAUCUUUCAGAACCAGUCAAAUAUUACAUAUGGCCAAGAGAUUCAUCAUCCAAACGAAUACGUUAA